UGAAACACCGCCGGAAACAUUGCACGGCCUUCUUAUUGGUACUGAUCCAAAUUCUUCGCUGUUCUUGCGUUCAAUUCGGCAAUUCAAUUCAUGUUUUCAAAUGACAUCGUUCGGAGCAACGGAAAUAGUUAAAAAUACUGCUGCAAAUGGUCAACAAUUUAAUUCCACAUUCAAAAUCAAAGGCCAAAUUUACCACAAAGUCGGCUCAUUACUACCAAUGCCAAGCGAACCUUAUAAAUUUUUACAAAUUUACUUUAUGGGCGGCGAGGACUCCGAACGGGCACUCGCCAAUCGCGUGAAUACACGUUGCAACUAUAAUCACCUCAAUUCACCAUUUGCAACGCGCAUUGUCAGCGAGCUGGACGCUCUGUUAAAUGAGCACAACGAACUGUUGAAAUUAUUCAAAUCACAUAUGCAUAAGCUACAAAGUGACAAUCACGCUAUUUUCAUCAAUCCUGAUAGAACACCAGCUGGAGGGCAUAUACGUCGAUUCAACGCACCUGUUGUUGACGACGUGGCUGGAAUCAUGGUUGGCGACCAUACAGCUACGCGACAAAUCGUGAUUCGAAGAAGAAAUAAUUCUCUUCAGUCCAUUCCUGAUACCCAUCGUUUAUAUGAUGCUCUCCAAUAUCCACUCAUUUUUUGGAAGGGACAAGACGGAUAUUGCAUAAACCUUAAGCAACGAGAUCCGGUAACAGGAACCGAAACAAACAAGAAUAUUAGCUCAAAGGAUUUCUAUUCGUUUCGGUUGAUGAUUAGACGUGGACAGGAUUAUAUCAUUCUACGAAUUCGUGAGCUUUGCCAACAAUUUAUGGUCGAUAUGUAAGUCAAGAUAGAGAGUGAACGACUACGAUACUUGCGAUUUAACCAACAGAAGCUGCGUGCGGAAGAAUACAUUCACUUACGAGAUGCUAUCCUACCAUCAUCGUACAUAGGUAGUCCACGUCACAUGCAAGAAUACAUACAGGAUGCUAUGGAUAUAAUAUGGAUAAUAUGGACGACCUUGCUUUUUUAUUACU